CUUGAAGGGAGGCCGUCAGCUGGGUGCGAAAUAGGCAAAACAUUGGAAUCGCGGAAGAAACAAACAGAACAGUUUAUUUAUUUCGCGGCUCGGGUCAGGAUGUCGAAAAGAGUGAAUUUUGCAGAAUUUGGCAUUGUGGAGCCUCAUGCGAGACUGAAACACUUGGCCAAUCAUGGAAAUCUCUCGGACAUCGAUCUCAACAUUCCCAUUCGAAGAUACUAUCGCUCGGGAAUGGAGAUGGUGCGAAUGGCCAAUGUGUACUUGUCCGAGGGUAAUCUGGAGGACGCCUACAUCCUCUACAUGAAAUUCAUGACGCUCUUCAUUGAGAAGAUAAAGUCUCAUCCGGAGUACAAGACAGUCGCUGCAGCCACGAAGCAGCAGAAUCAGGCCAAACUGAAGGAAGUCCUGCCAAUUACUGAGAAAUUGAAAACUACACUCCUGGGGCGCUAUGAGAAGGAGUACACUCAGUUCCUGGCCAACAAAGAGGCAGAACGUGCCAAGGAGGCUGCAGCAGCACGAGAAAGGGCAAAGAAUAGCAUCCCACCACCAACGGCCAGUCUCUCAGGUGCCUCAGCAGCUACGGAUUUUGCCCCAAGUGCCCCCAAUGCCGAACUGUUGGACAGUAUUGUGUAUCCCAAUGAUUUUCCAUCGGAUCCCAAUCGAUCAAGUUCCUCGGGCCUUAUUCUUCCGGACUCGGACAAGAAGCACCCCACGCGUCCCACUUUCGAUCGCAAUCUCAAGCCCUCGUCCUCGAGCCUCCUGGACGGCACCCUGCGGACAGUUGUUGUGCCCAUUGACACAAUGACGAGCUUCCUGGAGCUCGCUAAAAGCAACACCCAGAGCAAUGUGGAAACCUGCGCUAUCCUGGCCGGGGCACUAGCUCACAAUCAACUCAUACUCACUCACAUGAUCCUGCCCAAGCAGAAGGGCACCUCGGACAGCUGCAACACGAUGAACGAGGAGGAAAUCUUUGAUGUGCAGGACCAACACAAUCUCAUCACCUUGGGAUGGAUUCAUACUCAUCCAAGUCAGACGGCAUUUCUCUCGUCUGUAGAUUUGCACACACAUUGCUCUUAUCAAAUGAUGAUGCCUGAAGCGCUGGCCAUCGUGUGCGCCCCGAAAUAUCAAGAGACCGGAUUUUUUUGUCUCACGCCAAAUUACGGAUUGGAUUAUAUUGCCCAGUGUCGUCAGACUGGAUUUCAUCCCCAUCCGAAUGAUCCACCACUAUUUAUGGAAGCCCAACAUAUAAGUUUGAGUGAUAAAUUAAAGAUUGAAGUUGUGGACUUGCGAAGGUAG